GGUUGAGCCAUCAUUCAUCACCGGCCACAGCCACCACCCCCGGCUUAGCUUAAUUAGCUACGUACGCUCUCUGCUUCUUCACUUCUUCUUCCACCCUCUGUCUGUCUCGCCAUACCGCCGUCCUCCUCCUACCUCACCAUGAGCAGCUUCGCGUACGAGAAGCUCAAGAAGCUCCCGCCCCCACCCCCUCCCGCCAGCGACCAGGAGGACGCGCACUACGCCGUGGCCGCCGCUCAGGACCACUACUACCGCCACGCAGCCGCCGCGAUCGUCGCCAGCAGGAGGACAUGGCGGAGCCGCCGGUCUUCCUCGGGCACCGGGCCGCGCCGGCGCGGAAGGCCGCUGAGGAUCUCGAGCCUGGCGCGGGCGCUGCGUCGGAGGGCGGCAGCCGUGGGUGGCAGGGUGCGGGCGUCAGUGGCCCGGGUGGUGACUAGGCUCAAGGAGGGCGGGCCCUGCGUGGCCGACCUCUUCGCCGGCAACUACAUGUUCCUGCAGGUCACGCCGUCGAUGGCCGUGCCCGCCGCGGCCGGGGUCGGCAGGGGGGCCUUCCUGCCAUACUACCUCGCCGUCAAGGGCAAGGCCGCCGGCGCCGGCGCCGUGCACGGCUUGAUCCGCGCCUAGUUCUACUUGUACAGAGCGAGUUGUUUGCUUUUGUUCUGUCUUGUGCAUGAUUUAAUUAUAAGCAAGUGGGUUUGCUUUGUGUAACUGGGAGAUGUGGAUCAAACCUGCUGUCCAAAAUAAUCUGUAAAGGGAAACUAAAUUACAUUUCACUAGUGCUUUCUACAAUAAAUAAUGUGUAAAGGGAAUCUAAAUUACUUUUCACUAGUGCUUAGUAUAAGAAUUUGUACGUUGCUUGAUUACCCUGUGUUAAUUACAGUUAGUUUUUGAAUGAAUGGUUGA